AUGGGCUGCACCUCUGCCAAGCAGGUGUCUGCAGUGCCCAACAGUGAAGAGGAACACAGCAAAAGCUACAGCAAUGGAGACCUCUUAUCCGAUGAGUACAAGAUGAAAGGAGUGGAGAAAGUCAAGUACCUAAGUGGAGAAGAGGUGGGAGCGGACAGCCACGACAGCACGGAGAAAAGUGCUUUACUUGGCAAGAGUCAACACUUUGACGAGACGGGAUCCAACCAAGAUGGAAAGAUACUGAGCAUUCAUUCCUCAGAGAGCCAGCAAGAAUUUUUCAGGAUGCUCGAUGAGAAAAUUGAAAAGGGCAGGGACUACUGCUCAGAGGAGGAAGAAUUGAGCUAG